AGAAAACACUUUGCUUCCUCACGAACUCGCAGUAUGGUAAAGCGAAUCAGUGGCGGUAAAAAUUUUCGAGCAUUAUUGAGAGUGUCGGAAUUUUAUUGUUGUUGUUUUUUUUGCAUCAUUCAGCUGCCUUCCGCUCAGUUGCCAUGAUCAGUCGGUAGUUUAGUUCGACAUAUCCAGCAUUUUCUUCAAGCAGUUGAUUCUUGGCGGCGUUUAUGUGUACAUUGCUUGCUUUUUAGUUUUUUUGAUUCUUAAGACAGAAGAUUGGUCGCAUUUCUUUUAGUACACCAUUACAAGUAUUAACAUACACAAAAUGAGUGAGAAGUCCUCAAAUAUUAUCAGCAAUGGCGAACUGGAGAUUGUCAAGAUCACCGAAGAGCUAUACGAUGAUGCGGUCAAGUUGUUUACCGACAAUUUUAUGCAACAAGAGAAUGCUUGCAUCGCUACCGAAGUGCCAAGUUCACCACAAGCGAUUGCAGAGCUGCAGGGGUUUUGUCGAGAAUUACUCACAGAGAAUAUCUCCUUCGCUGCGCGUAAUAUUGCCAAUGGCGAGUUAGCCGCCAUCGCCAUCAAUCACCUAAUGUCUGCGAAACCCGAUAACUUGCCGCUAUUUGGUUCGGUGCAGCAGGUGCAGUCUCCUUCUGUAGCGUGUAUCAACGAUUUCUUGCAACGCAUCGAGAUUAAUGCUGACAUCUAUAAGACAUUACAAGUUGACUGUGUCUUUGAGAUUGUCUUCCUCUCAACUAGCACCAAAUAUGUGAAACGUGGCUUAGCGAGUGCCCUGUCCGAAUGUUCGAUUGAGUAUGCGCGUCGUCUGCAGCAGGGCACCGUACCGCCGGAAGAUUUGCCAGCUGAAAAAGUGCGUGCGCUAAAACCAAGUGCCGUCUGCUCGGUGUUCACGUCGAUCUAUACGCAACGCAUUGGAAGAAAAUUUAAUUUUGAGAUUUUAAAUCAAAUUCCAUAUACAGAGUUCUCGUUUGAGGGAAAAACAUUUGCCGAGCGCAUAGAUCCCAAGCAUACGUUUUCCACAUUCGAGGCCUUGAGGCUGUAAUGUUUGGACGAGUGGUGUCGAAUGGAAAUUGAAUAUGUUUACAUAUAAUGUAACCAAGAAUUAUUCGAGAAAUUGUAUGAAAAUCAAUACAGUUAAUUUUACACCAGCGAACACAC